AUGCUUUUUAGCCGUUACUUGGGAAUUUUGCUUCUCAUAUCACAGGCUCAAUCCCUCGUGAUUGUCGACUCGUCGAUUGCCUCUGCAUGCAUCUACUACAUGAAGCAGUUUGACUGGGGAUGUGGAGGAACUGGCCAGGGCCACAAGUACUACCUGUGUCGAUGUGGGAACGUCGAUUGGCUUGGGUCGGUAGCCAGCUGCAUUUCUGGCCAGACAAAUAACAAGGGCAAAAUUGACCAUGCCUUGAAACAUGUCACCACAAGGUGCUUGCAAAAGGGCCAUUUCCACUAUACUGUGGACGAUAUGAAGCAGUGGAGGGAAAACGCUACAAAGUUUAUUGAGCAGCCAACGGCACACGACAUAAAGGAGAGAGUGUAUCAUCCGUUGGGAGUGAACCAAACCGACUUUGCCGUGUAUAUGCGGUCUUUCGAUGAAAUCAACCACCACGUCUUCAAGUCGCAAUGGCUCGGCUGGGGGCUCUUGUACUACUGGGUAGCGGUGGUUGUGAUCUUUUCCAUGCUUCAUCUUCUGCAGAUAUACCUUGGGUUACGGCCUCCACGGAGAAUUGCCCAAUUUUGUGAAAAGUACUUGACUCCAGUUCGUUUGUGGGGUUACUCGUUUUUGGAUAUAGAGGUAAUGGGUCUCUUUUUGGUAUUCACUGUUUUGGCCACUGCCCUUUCGUAUACAGUGCAAUUGCCCAACGUUUACAUGAACGACGUCUAUUUUUUGCCUUUGGAUCUUAUUGGCUACCGUUCGGCUAUCAUAUCCUUCUCGUUGCUUCCAGUGGUGUUUAUUUUUGGUCUCAGAAAUAAUCCUUUUACAUUUUUGACUGGCCUUCCCAGGGCCACUUUCAUCAAGUACCACAACUACGUGGCCAUUAUCAUGUCAAUUGAAGCUCUCAUCCACUCUGCUGUGUGGACAGACUACGCCAUCAACGAAGCUGGGUACCUGGCAUGGAGUAUCGACGACUACUGGCGUUGGGGCAUUGUUGGCACGGUGCUUCUUUUCAUCAUGAUCGGCCAAAGCUUCCAGCCAGUGAGAAACUUCAUGUACGAAGCUUUUUUGGUGAUUCAUAUUGUCUUUGGAUGGCUCUUUAUUGUCGCCAUGUGGUACCACUGCGUGACGCUUGGCUGGAUGGGUUGGGUAUACACCAUGAUAGCACUCACAGUGUACGACCGAGUGAUGAGGUGGGCCAAAAUCCUCGUUCUCAACCGAGGCUUGACGGAGCUUUACGUGACCGUCGUUGACGAGAGAACCCUUGAACUCACAUUGCCCAAACCGCUUGCCUACGACAUGUCUUAUAGACCAGGGAGUUCAGUGUAUGUGACGUUUUUGCAUUCCAAGAUCUGGAGCCAAUGCUUGCAGUCGCACCCAUUUUCCAUCAUCUCGUCGCCAGCCACUUCUUCCAACGUGCUCAAAAUGUACGUGAGAGUCAAGAGAGGAGCUACACGCAGCUUGCUUCGUCUUCCUGCUGACGAAAAGGGCAGACUUAGAUUGUGGUGUCUUCUUGACGGACCAUACGGUGGGUUUACUUACAAGCAUAGAGAUUCUGACGACCGUGUCUACAUCGCUGGUGGCCUUGGAGUCUGCAGUUUGCUUCCUCAUAUAUACAGCAACCCAGCAGGAGCCAAACUUAUUUGGACUGUGGCUAACGCCAGAGAGUUCUGGUGCAUGCGUCGCGACAUCAACUAUGUUCGAGAACGAGGCACUGAGGUGACUGUUUAUGUUCGAGACCCUAGUGGUAUAGAACUUGACGAUGAGAAGAUGCUGUUUGUGCAGCCAGCCGACCGGAGACCAGACUUUGAUGAGUUGAUUGGUGAACACGUGAAGGCUGCAAAAGCGGAUGAAAAGCGUGACUUGUGCAUAUAUUCAUGUGGUCCUGGGAACAUGGACCGUCAGAUCAAGCAAAUUGCAACCAGACAGAUAGAAGUGGGCCUGGAUUUCAGUGUCCACCACAAGUCCAUGAACUACCAAUGGUGA